CGGCGCAGCCAGGGCUGGAGCCCGAGCGCAGAAGCCGACGGGCCGGGCCGGGAUGGUGCAGCGGCUGCUCCGCGGCGCGCGCACGCACUGAGCGGGCCCGGGCUGGGCCUCGCGUCCCCCGCGCCCCCCGCGCCCCCCGCCGCCCCGGCCCCGGCCGGCAUGAUGUGCCUGGAAUGCGCCUCGGCGGCGGCGGGCGGCGCGGAGGAGGAGGAGGCGGACGCCGAGCGGCGGCGCCGGCGCCGGGGGGCGCAGCCAGGGGCUGGAGGUAGCGCUUGCUGCGGGGCGCGGGGUGUUGGGGGCGCUGGAGUCGUGUCCGCAGACGAGGAGGUGCAGACGUUGUCCGGCAGCGUGAGGCGGGUCCCGUCCGGACUCCCCAGCAUCCCCAGCACUCCUGGCUGCGCAGCCGCUGCCAAGGGCCCAGGCGCGCCGCAGCCCAAACCCGCCAGCUUGGGCCGAGGGCGGGGGGCAGCCGCUGCCAUCCUGAGCUUGGGCAACGUGCUCAACUACCUGGACAGGUACACUGUGGCAGGUGUUCUUCUGGACAUCCAGCAGCACUUUGGGGUCAAGGACCGGGGCGCCGGCUUGCUGCAGUCAGUGUUCAUCUGCAGCUUCAUGGUGGCUGCCCCCAUCUUCGGCUACCUGGGCGAUCGCUUCAAUAGAAAGGUGAUCCUCAGCUGCGGCAUCUUCUUCUGGUCUGCCGUCACCUUCUCUAGUUCUUUCAUCCCUCAGCAGUACUUCUGGCUGCUGGUCCUGUCUCGAGGGCUAGUAGGUAUUGGUGAAGCCAGCUACUCCACCAUAGCACCCACUAUCAUCGGCGACUUGUUUACCAAGAACACACGCACACUGAUGCUAUCAGUCUUCUAUUUUGCCAUCCCCCUGGGCAGUGGCCUGGGCUAUAUCACAGGUUCCAGCGUGAAGCAGGCAGCCGGAGACUGGCAUUGGGCCCUGCGGGUUUCCCCCGUCCUGGGCAUGAUCACAGGAACACUCAUCCUCAUCUUGGUCCCAGCCACUAAGAGAGGCCAUGCUGAUCAACUUGGGGGGCAGCUCAAAGCACGGACCUCCUGGCUCCGAGACAUGAAGGCCCUGAUCCGAAACCGCAGUUAUGUCUUCUCCUCCCUGGCCACGUCCGCUGUGUCCUUCGCCACAGGGGCCCUGGGCAUGUGGAUUCCCCUCUAUCUUCACCGUGCUCAAGUUGUACAAAAGACAGCAGAGACUUGCAACAGCCCGCCCUGUGGAGCCAAAGACAGCCUCAUCUUUGGGGCCAUUACCUGCUUUACUGGCUUCCUGGGCGUAGUCACAGGCGCGGGAGCCACUCGUUGGUGUCGCCUGCGGACUCAACGUGCUGACCCAUUGGUGUGUGCCGUGGGCAUGCUGGGAUCAGCCAUCUUCAUCUGCCUCAUCUUUGUGGCUGCCAAGACUAGCAUUGUGGGCGCUUAUAUCUGCAUUUUUGUUGGAGAGACACUGCUGUUUUCUAAUUGGGCCAUCACUGCAGACAUCCUCAUGUACGUGGUCAUCCCCACUCGACGAGCCACUGCUGUGGCCUUGCAGAGCUUCACUUCCCAUCUUCUGGGGGAUGCUGGAAGCCCCUACCUCAUUGGCUUUAUCUCGGACCUAAUCCGCCAGAGCACCAAGGACUCCCCGCUCUGGGAGUUUCUGAGCCUGGGCUAUGCCCUCAUGCUGUGCCCUUUUGUCGUGGUCCUGGGUGGCAUGUUCUUCCUUGCCACUGCUCUCUUCUUCCUCAGCGACCGCGCCAAGGCUGAGCAGCAGGUGAACCAGCUGGUGAUACCGCCUGCAUCCGUGAAAGUCUGAGGUGGUGCCGCUGGGACAGCAACGAACUGCAGUUUAGAUUGGGAGAGGUUCUCCAGCAUCCUGGACCUGCAGGACGGUCCCAAAGUUUCCUGUGUGACUCACAGUUGGGUACCCACCCUCUUUGGCCUAGGAUUGCCAGGACUGAGUGGCCCUAUCUUCAAGAAGAUGCUCCAUCCUCAGUUAACAUGGAAGGCUGUGUGUGCUGGAAUCACUCAGUUGGACACAACUCCAGCCCUGGUUGGGGGCUGAAAGGACAAGAUAGAAGCCACCCUGCAGAGGGUAUCUGGGGAGAUUCUGGCUUGCCCUUAGCUCAUGUGAUCUUGAGGGAGCCACUAUCCUCCCUAGACAGUGGAACCAAGGAGCUGGAGCUUCCUCCCUUGUGUGCCAUGCAAGGCACCCUCCACAGCUUUGAAGAAACAGGUCCUGGGCUAUACACAGAGGACAUGGCUCAGGUUUCAGGACCUCCAUUCCGGUUCUGAGGUCCGCUAAAGGCCCUGGUGUAUGGGAACCAUUUCCCCACUCUUAGGCUCUAACCUUGGGAACAGCAAAUUCAGCCUGGCACAUGUAGCUGAGUACCCACUUCUGGGUGUCCAUGGCUGGGACAGUUUCCCAGGAGGAUACUGUCUCUGCUGUCUUCAGCUAGUUCUUUGCCUGGAGGUUUUUCUCAGGUGGAACCACCCCCUUAAAGGAAGCUGCAGCACUAGAGGGUGAAGGCCCUGUGGUAGGCUGACAAUUGGACAACCAUUUUUCCUCACCCUAGCCCUCCAAAUCCUACAGUCCCCUGGAAGCCACCUCCUCCUACAGGAUGACCCUUUCCAAUGAGGGGCCAGAUAGGAUGCUAAAGGAUUUACCCAGCUGUCCACACUACUUUUUGGCCUAGGGUAUGAAACUGCUGGAGAUUUCCCACCAGUGCCUGUAGGUAUCAUACCCCAACUGACUCUCUUGGGGCCAGGCCUUCACCCCAGCCUUUGAUCACACUAUCCCCACACAUAUAAACCCCUCACUCCCCUGCAGCCACCUUAGUCACCUUUGGGCACUUAUCCCCAGCUUUACACUCCUUGCACGCUGUAAACAAGGUGGCUCUGGUUCUGGGGUACCAUUGUAACUUACGAGAAACUUCCUGAACCAGCUUGGACAACAGUCCCUGUGGCUGUAUCCCAUUUGCUGUGGCUUCAGUGGUGUUAGUGGUAACUGCCCAACCAAGCUCUGGGGCACUCUGGGGGUUUGGACGUGGGUUUGCAGAGGGUGCUAUCCCUAAAGACCAGCCUGGCUCCCACCCUAACCCCAGCAGGGGCCCUAGCAAUGUUUUCUUGUUGUACAAGAACCAGGUCCAAGUGUUGCCUCCUCUUCCUUCCGGAAGCUGAACUGCUCCUUUAUUUUUUAGAGCUGCUGAUUGUGAAUCUCAAAGUCUUAAGAGAGAGAAGCCAAAUAUAUAUUCCUCUUGUAAAUGAAGAAAUAAACCUAUUUAAAUGUU